AUGCUCCACACCACUGCCAAGGGCUUCCAUACAGCAGAGAUGACGAAAAGCAUUCAUCGACUCAUAAGCAAGCCUGAAUGCUUCAAAGUCUUCGUCUUGGUAUGGGAUGACCAGUGCCUGCACGCUGACAACACAGACCCUCCAAAGAAGCUGGAAGCUAACGAAAAGAAGGUGACCUGUCUGCGCAUUCCUUACCGUCCGGCCUCGGGCUCUUCCUAUCCACCCUCUGACAUAGGAUGUUUGAAGCGGAUGAUCUAUGAAGCACUGCCCUCUUUGUCAAGCAGUCCGUGCCACAGCACGUUUCAAGGACACAUGCUCAACGUCAUGGGCAUGCCAGAGCCGAAAGUUUGGGCGACCUUGCAGACAAUUGCCAGAAGCUGUGCCGAAGCAUGCGUAGAUGACGAGGGGAUGCAACGCAAGAAGGUUUUCCCAAUGAUCGCAUCUUACAAGGAGCUCUGUCAAGUGGAGAGGGAGAUAAGAGAAGCUCAGAAGAAUGACGACCGGCACGCUGCCAACAGGUUCAAAGCAGAGCGAGACGCACUGCAACAGAAGAGAAAGAAGCAAGACCCCAGUGAUGUCACGAACAAGUUUGUGGACGUGUUGAUGGCAGAAAGCCGUGAGGCACACCUCCAACAGCUUGCAAGGUACAUGCACUGGGAGUUUGAAGCGCGCGGCAUGCUACCUGUUCAUGCACAGCUGGCAAUGGCGUCACUUCACAAAGAAGCCAUCCAGAUCACUUGCCACAGUACCAAGAUGAGAAGCGCAGACUGCGUCAAACAGGCGUAUGCAGAACUCAUUUGCAAUGGAAUGCCUUUUGAGCUGCUAGAUGGUGAGGACCUCUACCUGGAAGAGGAUUUCCUAAGAUGCAUCUUUGAGGUCUUGGCCCCGCGUUGGCAGGGGAAGCGUUUCGAAGUUCGAAGCACGGUGGGACCGCAAAGCUCCGGCAAGUCCACCUUGAACAAUUGUCGCUAUGGGGGUGGCUUUGCGGUGUCGGAGGGCCGCUGCUCUCGGGGGGUCUAUGCCGAAUUCCAUGAAGCAGAAGAAGUUGUCGUCCUGGUGCUUGACACGGAAGGGCUUCAAUCACCAGAGAAGGCAAGCCCAGAGUUUGACCGCAUGAUGAUGCUGUUCACCCUCGCCGUCUCCAAUCGCGUGGACAUCAUCGUGAAAGGCAUGAUGUCAGAGCCGUUCAAGCGCCUGGUGGAAAUCUGCGUCCGUGCCUGGUCAGAUCUGCAAGUUGCCAAGGUUCCGGACCCGCAGCUUACCUGGAUCAUGAAUCAGGUAGCAGAUCCUGACCCGAAGCACCACGAGGACUGCUUCAAGCAGAUCGUUGAGGAGCUGAAGGGGGUCUUCCUUCCCGAGGAGCUGGGUGCGGUGCAGGAGUUUUUUGCGGCUGGGAGGGGUGGCCCAGAACUCCGAUGCCCUGAAAGUGGUGCCCAGCAUGUACAACGAGAAUAA